AUGUCCUGGGCUAUUGCUGCAUACGACCAUGCAGAGACACACUUCAGUCUCCUUUGCGUUGUCCCCGACUGCCGCCAACUGAAAUUGUCAGCUAACGACGACCUUAUCUACAAGAAAUUCCGCCAGGUAUUUCCUGAUUUGGAAGUUGAACGGCUAACAGAGGACGCACUUAAAUCCCCAGAUCAGAAAGAGGUAAGUUAA